AUGGAGGAUUCAGACCAUUCUACUGCGCUACGCCGAGGCCGGCGAUGCAGUCCGACCAUGAAUGUCAGAUCGGAAGAGCAUCAGGCUCCAUCGACAGGUCCUAGGACCCCUAACCGAAGAAAGAGAGGCGCGCGGCACUCUGACCCCGGAUCCAUCGUACCUCCGAGCGGUCUUACACCAAUGGUGCGGCACACUUCUCUCACGGCUUCGAAUAAACGGUCAGCCGCCCCCGCAAGUGGUGCUGGAUCAGCUCCUCGGCUAAGUGGCGAACCCGCGGCUGUCAAUCUUCAUCAGACAAUUGAGGGACGAGUUGAGCGCCGGGUACGCCGGAAGGGCCUCCGCGAUAUGCUCAGUAAAAUUAAGGAAGAGAAGCGGCGUAGCGAGCAGUUGGCCAAGGCGCAGAUUACCAAGCUCAAGGCCGAGCUCAGAGCCCGUGAUAGGGAAAUCUAUAGAAUGCAGAAUGCCACGAUGGUGUUUGAUACAGAGCGGAUUUGGGACCUGGAACAACAGAUCAAAGAUCUCAAAGGUCAGCUUGCGACAAGAAGCAUAGCAAGUGAGGAAGCUACACAGUAUUUUAGCUGCGAAUGGCCAUCGACACCAAGCAUUGCAUCAACGAAUGACCUCAUGGACGUGGCUCGAGAUGAGGACCAUUUCGGUGAUAUGACAGCGCUGAUCAACACUCUGCCUCGAGCGAGGCCUUCUAUCUUGACUCCUCCUGCAACAAGUCCGGCAAGGCCUAUAUCGCCAUUCUCUAAAGAUAUGUCACCAACGUCGGAUGCCCCUCUGGAAGCGGACAGGAAACAGCUACAAGAUGAGAUUACAUCUUUGGAGCUUGAAGUACAGAAGCUGACAGCAACUCUGAACUCGUACAAUGCCUUGGGUGUGCGCAUAAGCGACGCCCUAUCAGAUGGGACUUUGGAGAAAAGAGGGACCUCAUCUUCCCUUGAACCAGUCGAGAAUCAGGUUCAGCUACUCUUACAGACCAUGUCUGAACGAGCUGCAGCAGUUGCACAUCUUACCGCUAUUAUCAGCGAACUGGGUUUUCCAGGCAUCGACGCCAGUGAAAUGAUUAUGUCGCUUGCUUCUGGGUUUCGAGCCGCCCGCCUUGAACUGGAGGACCUCGCACCAGGAGAGAUCAAAGUACCUCUUACUGCGCGAGGUGCCGACAUAUUGGAUCUACUGCUAGAUCGCCUACGCACUCAGUCAAAAAAGACAAGGGAAGAUGAAGAUUCGAUUGAUGAAUAUCACCAAAUAGAACGUUCUUUACGCAAGCAGCUUGAUUCGCGGACUUCUGUGAUGGAAGAGCUCAAUAUCAAAAUUGCCGACGCAUAUCGUACUUUGAAUGAGAAAGAGGUUCGGAUUAGGGAGCUUGAAAUUGGCAACGACCGACUCAAAGGCGCCGUUGAUGGUUACGUCCGCGAUAUAACAGAGCUCGAAGGACUGAUACAGCCAAAGUCAAGCGAGGAACUACUCAGCGCCAAAAAGGCUACGAUUGCCGAGCUCGAGGCAAAGAUUGAAGAAGCAGUCGCGCAAGCCGCAGAGCUCCUCAACGAGAUGAGCUCCACCGAGACUAGUUUCACAGAACACGAGCAUCAUCAGGAGGCAGCGACGGCGUAG